UAUUAAUGUGCCAUCAAGAGAGGGAAUAGAGGAGAGAGUUCCCUGCUUGUUUUGUCUUCCUCUACUCAUAGCAUAUUCCUAGUUUUAAGUAAAUAUCCAAUUCAACCCUUUUUGCACAAACAAAAAGUGGUAAACAACAAAUUGCAAAGUUUCUAAAAUCUUAUACUAUAACUAUUUCACCCCUUUAUUAUCAAAAAAAUAUGUCAAAUAUUUCUGGUGAAGAAGGGAGUUUUUCUUCAGGAGAAGAAGCUCAUUUGCACACUUCAAAUAAUAAUAUUUCUUCUAUUACUACUAGCAAUGGUUCCACCUCACAAUCCCAACAACAACAGAAUAAGCAACAACCACUUGCUAAGAAGAAAAGAAAUCUUCCUGGAAAUCCUGAUCCCAAUGCAGAAGUCGUUGCCCUAUCACCAACCACCCUCAUGGCAACGAAUCGAUUCGUGUGUGAGAUUUGCAACAAGGGAUUUCAAAGGGACCAAAAUUUGCAGUUACAUAGGAGGGGACACAAUCUUCCUUGGAAGCUUAGGCAAAGAACAACAACGGAAGUGAGAAAGCGCGUUUAUAUAUGUCCAGAGCCAACUUGCGUGCACCACAAUCGUGCUCGUGCAUUAGGUGAUCUUACGGGUAUUAAAAAACAUUAUAGUCGUAAACAUGGAGAAAAAAAAUGGAAAUGUGAUAAAUGUUCAAAAAAAUAUGCUGUGCAAUCUGAUUGGAAGGCUCACCAAAAGACUUGUGGAACAAGAGAAUACAAAUGUGACUGUGGUACCAUUUUCUCUAGGAGGGACAGCUUUAUCACACAUAGAGCUUUUUGUGAUGCAUUGGCUGAAGAAAACAACAAAGUGAACCAAGGUUUAAUGAACAACAGUAUGGAACACAAUAUGCAUAGUGGCCAAAUGCAUGAACUCAUGUCAUCCAAUGCCUCUUUAGGUUUAUCUGAAUUCAAUAACUUUGAUCCCAAAAAUUCACUAAAAUCACUCCCUCAAGAACUUCUCCCCAUUCCAUUCAAGUCCAUGACCAAUAAUAUGGCUCCAGGUGGCAUGUUCUCGACCACUUCAGGUAACCUAUUUGGUAAUAGUCCAAGAAGUGUAGCUUCAUCAUCUUCCGGACUUCAACUUAGCUCGAAUAUCCCAUCGAAUUUCAAUUAUCUACAAGAUAACGGUAAAAAUGGGGUGGCUCAAGGGCAAGGCCAAUUAUCAUCAGUUCCAAUGUCAGCUACCGCGCUUCUGCAAAAAGCGGCCCAAAUGGGGGCCACGGCUAGUAGUAGCAUAAAUUCCCCAAUGAUGCAAAAGAGUUUUGUAACAAGUGCUAUGGCUGGUCCUGAUAUUACCAUAACAAGGCCAUCACCUAAUUAUGAGAAUUUCCAAAUGCAACAAGACAACAAUCAUCAGAAUCAGAAUCAGAAUCAUCAGUCGAAUUUAGCAGCAGUGAUGAAUGACAUGGGAAUUUAUAGCGGGAUACUAAUGAGUAAUGAUCAAAACAACGAUGCUGGAUACAUCAAAAACGUUACAGAAGUACUUGAUCGCGAUAAUCAUAAUCAUAGUACAAAUGACGGAGUUAGGAACCAGACUAUGUUGGUGCAAAACGGAUCAAAUGACAUGUUGACAGUUGAUUUUUUAGGUAUUGGAGGAGCUUCAAGGACACCAAUUAGUAAUUUGCAGGAACAACGAAGAUUCGAAGCAGCUAUAAAUCAACAGAGGUUGCAAACUACUUCUUUGUUUCAUCAUCAACAAAAUAUUAAUAAUAAUUCGGGUAUGGAAAAGCCCAUAUGGGAUGUUUGAUGGAUAC